CGCCUCUGGUUGCCAUAACGACGGAGCAACGGCAGCAAUGGCGGCCGGGGACGAGCGUGCUGCAGCUGAAGUAAUGCAAACUAUAGCCCGACACUUGAACUGCUUGAACGAAGCAAAUAAACACACCAGAAAGAGAGCGCUGGAGUCGAUUCGAGCAGAAACCUUCGACAAAAGGCUUUCCAGCGGUGUGCUCCAGGAAGUGUUUGACUGCCUGCUCAAGCCUCUCUUGAAGUGCCUGUCAGACCCCGCGGAGAGAUGCAGGGAAUGCGCUGUCAGCAUGAUCGGUGACUUCAUUAAGUGUGUGCCCAAGCCGGAGGAGAGCUUACCCUAUCUCAUCCCCGCUGUCGCCCAGCGCCUGGGCGGCUGCGAGAUUUUGGAGCCCUCGGAGGAGUUGCGGCUGUCCCUGCUGGAGGUGCUGACUCUGACUGUGGAGGUGUGCGGGAGACGGCUUGCUCCCUACCUCGACGACGUGGUGAGAAUCCUUCAGAAAACCAUCGUCGACCCUUUCCCAGAGGUGAAGAAGGAAAGCUGUAAAUGCACAGUGAGCUUUGCCCGGGCUGUGCCAGAACAUUUUCACAUGCAGUCUGAAUCUCUUGUGAAGCCUUUAAUGCAAACCAUCUCACACCAGCACUCCAAGGUGCGAGUGGCUGUGAUUGAAGCAACAGGCUCAGUGAUCCAGUAUGGAACAGGCAAGUCCAUGGAUGAUGUGCUAUCACACUUAGCCCAGCGACUGUUUGAUAAUGCACCACAGGUCCGACAGGCUGUUACAAAAGUGGUGGGAAAUUGGCUUUUGAAUCUACGGGACAGAUACUCAUAUUUUCACAAAUUGAUUCCACUCCUUCUGAGCAGCUUUAGUGAUGAGAUUCCUGAAAUACGGCAUCUAGCAGUUGAUUAUUGGAAGGAGACAGGUUCCCAGUGGCAAAAAGAGAAUGAAGACGACUUGAAGGAUAAGCUUGACUUUUUGACCUCAAACCCCUCUCUGUAUCCAGCCGGAGUGGAACGGCCAGGUCUGGGCUGUCGAGAGCUGAUUUUUAGGAAUUUGUCGAAAAUCCUGCCGGCGCUCAGCAGGGACGUGACCGACUGGGUGGUGGGGACCAGGGUCAAGUCUGCCCAGCUCCUGGCCGUCCUGCUCCUGCAUGCUGAGGACCACAUCACACAGCACAUGGAGCUCAUUCUCUGCACUUUGUACAGGGCCUGUGCUGAUGAGGAGAAGGAAGUUGUGAAGAAUUGUUUGGAGGCAGCAAACUUAAUUGGGACAUUUGUCGAUCCUGAGGUCUUCCUGAAGCUGAUACUGAGCCAUCUGAAGAGAUCGUCCUCCCCAGCUCAUCUCAUGGUCCUGAGUGCAGUGAUUAGAGGAUGUUCAGGACCAGCACUGAAGCCACACCUUCACAAGAUUGUUGACGCCUUGUGUCACCCUGACAUCAGCCAAGAUUCUGAAAAGCUGGAGUACUUGGAGCAGUUGCUGAGUUGCGUGCAGGCAUUGCUUGCGCAGUCUGGACACGACUGCGGAGACAUCAGUCUCCAGCUGCUGAAAGUUUUAGUGACCAUUCAGUCUCUGUCCUCAGAUCAACCACUUCAUGACAAGGUGCAAGAGAUGAUGACUCUCCUGUAUACACAACAGGGCCUGAGCAGUCGGACAGAGCUUUACCGGCAGCACAUCGGAGAGCUGAUUGAGUGGUUAGCAGCCAGCCAAAACAGCUGGACAAGUUACUCUCUGGAGAGACUGCAGUUUGAAGUCAUUGUCAUUCAGUCAGGACCUGUGACGGGAGAGGCCCUUCCCGUGAUAAUCCCGGUCCUGAAGACAUGCCUGCAGCCCAGCCGGGACCCAGAGAUGAGGCUAAAGCUCUUCACAAUGCUGUCCAGGCUCCUGCUGAACGCCAGCGAGACGGUGGACUCGCGGGGAGAGUUCAGCAGCUACCUGGAUUCCUUUCUGAGAGAUAUUCUGAUUCCUAAUCUGCUCUGGCAUGCUGGACGGACUCCAGCUGCAAUUCGCACCACUGCAAUAUCUUGCCUGUGGGCACUUCUGUACAGUGGAACGCUUUCAGGAGCUCGGAUGAUGACCGUCCACAGUGAGCUCAUGCCCCACGUGAUCGCCGCUCUUGACGAAGACUCCAAAACGACUCGUCAGAUGGCUUGCCGUAUCCUCGCUUCUCUUUUGAAACUUUGUGGAUGCCAGCUGGACCCAGACGGGCUGAACAAGGUUUAUCCCGAGCUCUUGAAACGCCUGGAUGACGCCUGUGAUGAAGUGCGCCGUGCGGCCGCUAAAGCCUUGGGCGCCUGGUUCCAGUGCGUCGGGGACGAGUACGACAGAGCCCUCUUCAAGAGCCACGUCGAGUUUCUGUUCCGUGGGCUGCUGGUUCACCUUGAUGACCCAGAAACCAGUAUUCAGAAUGCCGUAUUCGAUGUUUUGAAGGAAGGCAGCGCUGUUUACCCGUCGCUCCUGAAGCAGGAGGUCGAAGCUGUGAAGGAGAAGCACCGCUCCCCAUUCUACUGCGAUAAACUCCUGCAGCACAUCAGCCAGCUGCCAGAGGACAGGGUUUGAAUUUCAGCGCGAUCCCCCUCUGCAAACCCCUCUCAACACAGAUGUGUUUCAUGUUUGUCUGUGCAGCUCAUCUGCCAAAUGUGUACGAAAUUACAAGUCUACAGAACUGACCCACAUCACAUUAGAUGUAUCUAGUAAGCAGCUAAACAUUCCCUUCAAUUUUUUUCCUGCAUUUCAAAUUAAAUGCACAUGCUCAUUUCUACUACUUAGUGUUUCUUUAAGGGUUUAGCCAUUAAACAAGAUUUUUUAUUGUUUUCUUAUAAGUUAUGAUGGUGAUGUAACUUUGUAUGUAAUUGAUUACCUUUUAACAUUUAUUUCACACGAUCAAAUUUAUAGAAAUUUGAAAAUUCUUUGUUAACACAUACAGUACAUUGUAUUUGUGCUGCACAGAGGAAUGUGAAAUUUAUGCAUGUGUGAGAUGUUCAGUGCCUUAACUUAUUCAAAUUGUGCUUUAUAUUUUUUAAAUAAACAUUGCUCUUUGUUUUCUUUA